AUGAAUCUGACUGAUGAAUCUACAGAGACCAAGUUCAUUUCUCCCAAUCACACAAACAAAAUGUCUCAAUUAAAAGACAUCUUUGACGAUUAUACAUUGAAAGACAAAUUGAAAUUAGUGCAAUUUCCAUGGAAUCAUCCAGACGUUCUUCAAUUCGACAAAACAUAUAUUGUGCUUAGACAAAAUGCUAUUCCACCCUUGCUAUUAGAAACUAUCAACUCAUGUGACAGGCCUGAGGAUGUUUUUGCCUAUGCAUCAUGUAACGCACAUUAUGCCGUCAUGGCAAGCAAAAGUCUUGUCUCUAUUUACCUCAAAGUUGAUCCCAAGACAUACGAUGAAAUUAUUUUAAAGCCACCACCCAGCUGCCAAUCUUCUCCUUUUGUUAUUAUGAUCCCGGCGCACACAGAUACGUCCUCAGCAAAGCUUUUUGUAAUUGAUAUCAAUGGAAAUGCAUCGCUUUGGUCGAAUAUCAAGUCGGCAGCGCCGUUUUCAAAUCCCUGCUGUACUCAUAAAAUGCCUUUGGAAACCCAGAGUCAUAUAACCUCGAUCUGUCUUCUGUCUCACAACCAAAUUGUCGUCGGUACCUCUUCAGGAAGAGUGAUAUUGCUGGCUAUCCAAAGUAACCAAAGCACAGUUGAUUUUUCGAUUAAAUCUUCUCACAAAGGAUCGGCCUUUUCAAACAUCCUUGAAAAUUGGCUUCCGUCUGCAAUUACGCGGGUUAGAGGCACACAUGGCUGUAAAGAUAAUCUUCCUGUACUUAGACUCGUCAAAACUGAAAGCAUGAAUGCCGACACUUGCUUUAUGACAUUGAAUGAUGGAAUGCUUCAAAAGUGGGCGGUCUCCGCGAAUGGUGACCCAAAGCUCUUAUUCAAAUUAGACGUUGUACCUGCUGUCAAGCAAUACAUAUCAAAGAAUAUCUUGAAAAGACCAUCGGAUGAGGAUGUGAAAAUACAUAUAAUUGACAUGGACAGAUACAAUCCGGGCACAUCGGCACUUCUUGUAUCAUACCAUGUUCCAGAGAUGGAUAACUGCACCCAAUUUGCUGUUAUUCUUUUGUAUAUCUCUACUAUAAGCUCAUUAGUAGAGGGAUAUCAACUUACUGAAAAAGAAUACAAGAUAAAUCAUAUUGUCACCCUGCCAUAUUCAACGAUAAUGAGUAGCAAAAAACGAAAGCCGACCAUUAGAGUCUCUGGAACUGGGCCUAUUGCAUUUGUAACCUUUGACGACAGCGUCAUAUCUAUCUGUAUCGACCAACAUACCAUAUUUGAAAGCACAAUUGGCUUAAAACCAGAACUGGGCGACAUGUUUCUUUACACCACUGUUCAAGAUACCAACAGAGAGAAGUCUGAUGAAGAUGACGCUUCGGUGGCAACAAUUCUUACUGCCAUGGGUAAAGUCUUGGAAUUCAAGGUAGACCACAAAGCAAUCAAAGAUAAGAAAUCAAAUGAAGUAUUUGAUAAUACAAAGUUUCUUGAAAAAAGGCUUUUGCAAGCUGCGGCAUUCCAAGACAAGGCCAAUGUAUGGGAAAAGAGUCAUAGAAUACGUAACCCAUUAUCUUUUCCCAUAUCUACCAGGCCAAUGCGUGGCAAUAUAGGCAAAGCUGCACUAUCUGCCACACACAGUGUCUUUGUUGGAGAUUGUUUCUUUACAGGACCAAAGAUGAAUUUUACACCCUUCUUUUCUUUGCGUUUACAAUUCAUUAUGAACAUUGCUGAUGCCUUAAAGAAAGAAGAUUUAUUCAGCCAGAUUGAUCGGACAACCAGGAAAAAGCUACUCGCAUAUACAGAAGCUUCGAUUGUAGCUGAUGAGAUAUGGAAACAAUAUACUAAUCAAAAAAAAAAGUCGGCACACUUCUUUGAAUACACAGCUAUUAUUGAAAAGGUGUUUUUGGGUUUAUCUCCAUCUAAACACAUGCUCACGCUUCAAGACAAUGAGCGAAUUUUGGCCGAUUCUUUGUCAAAACAUUGUAUUUUCCCCACUCAAUUCUUCGAGGCCUUUGCCAAUAUACAAGAAUCUCUUUAUUUCACUUCUCCUAUGAAAAUGCAGGGAUUUAGAAUCAGAGCCAACGAACUUAUCUUGAGUAUACGCCACGCUUAUAGAAAGUUUGAGACCCGCCUCAAGGAUUAUAAUCUACCUGAUGUUAAUAAAGUCUGGACUCUCAAAUGGCGAAAGUUAUUAAAGAGUUCAUUUGAAAAGACGUACGCUUUCCACUCCAUAAACCAAUCAUAUACAGAUAAUUUUGUCGACGAGAAAAACACUCUCAAUGAACAUAUCACUCUAAAUCUGCCGGUGAAUAUGGAGUCUGAUCUUGGGAAACAGCUCUGUGAUCUCGGUCAGGAACUGUUAAACUUGGAUAUUUCAGAAGAGGACAGCUCUGCUGUAGAUAAAACAGUACACCAGAUCCAAGGAUUUGUAAUCGAAACAAUUUUCAAGACUGGGUACAAGCAAUUGGCAAUUGAAAUGGCAGAGAAAUCUAAACAUUUUAGUGCACUCCUUGAAAUUACUCAGAGUGAAGAAGGGACUGAAGCUGAAAAAUUACGCGAAACAUAUCUCUGUCGAUAUGGAAAUGAAUUUGUAUAUUCUUUAUGCAAAUGGUAUUGCGAUCACAAUCAAGAAGGCAAGAUUUUAAAGCUAAAGCCAUCAUAUUUUCAGCCCAUCACAGAGUUUUUUCAAGAAAAUAAGGUUCCGAUUGCAUGGAUACAUUAUAUGCGUGUGUGUGAUUAUAAGAAUAUGUUCGGUGCUCUGCAAGAGGUACUAAGAACAGAGCACGAACCCUCAAAGAGAAAGGCACUUUUGGGCUAUUCUCGAUUGGCUUACAUGUCUGCCAAUGGCGAAGGUCCUGACUCUCUACCAUUAAAUAAAUUAUUAGAAUCCAAAGAAAUGAAGAGGAUUACUAAAGAGCUCGAAUCGAUCAAAGAAGACGAGACCGAUCUAUAUUCAAAAUUUUUAAAAAAUAAACAAAUAAAAUAA